GCCGGCGGCGUCACGCGCGCGCGGUCCCGCCAUGGCGCCGCCGCUCCGCUCCGCGCGGCCGCUGCAGCUGACGUUGGCGCUGCUGAAGCCGGACGCCGUGGCUCACCCGCUGGUGCUGGAGGCCGUGCACCAAACCAUCCUCAGCAACCGGUUCCUCAUCGUGCGCGCCAAGGAGCUGCGCUGCGGGCGGGACGAGAGCCGCCGCUUCUACCGGGAGCACGCGGGGCGGUUCUUCUACCAGCGGCUGGUGGAGUUCAUGGCCAGUGGCCCCAUGUGGGCUUACAUCUUGGCACAUGAGAACGCCGUGUCCCUCUGGAGAUCCCUGAUGGGACCCACUAAAGUAUUCCGAGCCCGGAACAGUGUCCCAGACUCCAUCCGAGGAGCCUACGGCCUCACCGACACCAGGAACACCACUCACGGCUCAGAUUCGCCAGCGUCAGCCAGCAGAGAAAUCGCGUUUUUCUUCCCCGAGUUCAGCGAGCAGCGCUGGUACGAGCAGGAGGAGCCGCGGCUGCGCGGCGGGCGGGUGUUCUACAGCGCGGAGGAGCGUGUGCACCGCCCGUGCAUCCCUGCAGGCGCAGAGCUGACCUGAGUUACCCGUGGGUAUGGUCUGCUGAGCUGGCAGCAGCUGCCACACACGCUGCUUGGGUCGGCCCCGUAGCACCACACAGAGCGACGGCGUGUUUUACGGAGUGCAGGGGAGGGGAGAGGCCUGAUGCACGUGGCGUUGUGCUGCCUGGAGUUGUGUUCGUGCAGCACACAAGUGCUGGGCAUUUUAGGAAAAGCUUUUCAAGUAGCAGCUUGAUACAGAGGUUGAGCCAUGCAGGUCACUGGUCCCUCGUGUUUGUUUGGGUAUGAGCAGUACGGGUGAGUUCAUCAGAGGGCUGAAUGGGAAGGAGGUUGCUAGUUCCAGGUAGGAUGUGGCUGGUUUUGCAGAUAGUAGGCCUCAGAGGCUUCAUCUUUGCUCUGUUCUCACAAUACUUUAAGGACAGAAGAGGGGAAGAAGAACAUGAGAAAACGCAGUGGGAAGCAGGGCAGUGUUAACUCUGCUGUCCUCACUCUCCUGGGUCCAAGCUGGCAAACGAGGCCAGCUUCAGUUUGGUGUCAUGAUCCGGAUCUUACGUGUCUGGUGGAGUCAGAAGCCAUUCUUGAGAGAAAAGCAGCAUAUCCCAUAGGUUCAGUUUGAUCUGAGCUGACAAACCUGCAGCAGAAACUCUAGGGGAAGCUCCCUGGAGUAGUCCAGUGCCUGUGAAGGAUGGUUUAUGCUGUCAGAUUGCCUGGGGCAUGAGAUCAGUAGUUCUAAUGAGACUUGGCAGUGGCAAUUCGAGCUCUGGGUUUCUUGAAUCCACAAUAAAAGGCCAUAAAAGUUAAUUUGAACACAAAGGUACGUGUACACAGGGGCUGUAGAGUUUCUGCCAGGAGCUGUUUACCUCAAGCCUCGUAACAAAAUGCCCAAUGGCAGCUCCAAGGCUUCAUUGCUGACAGACGUCGCGGGCACUGAGGCACCACAUUCCACGUCCUUUGUAAAUGGUGUGGGCAGUGUAAUCUGAUCAUCCAGAUAACUGCUCAAGUCGUGGUGUGGUGCUGCAGGAGGACGUGGUUCUGAGGUGCAGUGCAAGGUUUUGACCUGCCUUUUGAUGUUCUUCUGUUGGAUGCAUUUUGAAGCCUGUUCCUGUGUGAGCUUUGACCUGCCUGAACUGUCCCUGCAGCAGUUGCUUGGGGUGUGGAUUCUGUUUAAACUGAGGUGCCAGGUUGCACUGAGUGGGUUUAUUUUGAGUGAUUCCAGAUACACUGUGCUGGUCAAGGCACCUUUGCCAUGUACUUGGGACAAGAAGCUUGUUAGCUUGAUUACUGAAGUGAUGUGUGGUGAGCAGCAGUGAUACCAGUCACUGAAGCUGUUGACUAUUUGAGUCCCAAACUUGCUAGUGCAUUGUUGCAUUUCAUUAUUAUCUGUCUUACACUCUUUGUUGUUAUCUCACCAGGGUCAAAGGCAAGCUACUCUCUGACUAGUUUGAGACAACCCUGUAAAAUGUGCCCUUGGUUGAGAACUGUUUGUGGGAACUGCUGCAUAGAGCUUCCUUGAUUGAACUCAUCAGUGUUUCUGUUCCUUCCUUGCUGUUGUCUGGGAUUGAGUGUGGUGGUUGUUUUGUUCCAGGUACAGACCAGAAGGAUCUGUGGAAUGUUCCUGCAGUUUUGCAUUGCUGCUUCAGUUUUCACCAGCAGCAUCCAGUGGUGGAUCUGCUUGUGAUCGAGGGUGUGUUUAUACAGGUCUGAAACCUACUUAAGGCUACUGACAGCUGGUUUUCGAUCGAUUCCCCGAGUUUCUGUUAAAUUAUGUGUGUUUUUCAUGUAACUAUUAGCCCUUGCUGUAUUUUUCUCACCCCUCUUCUCUAUAUGGUGCUCUUUUUUGGGGGUAUCACUGUGAGAUGUCAUUAAAUGAUAACUCCUAGCUCGCCCUUCUCAUUUUACAUGUGUGGUUUUUCUCCUGGUCACUUGCAACUACUACCUUUGGGGAAUUUAAAGUGCAAAUAAUGCUGGCUUAGUGGUGCAGUGUUUUCACAGGAUAAUUACCAGAUCACAGUCACCAGUACUUAGGUAGCUGCCAGUUCCUAUGUCCUUGUGAAGCUUUCUUUGCUUCACCAAGACAAUCCCUGUGUAGAUGCUGUGAAAGCUGUGCAGUCCUUCUUCCUACAGUGUGUAAUUUGGAAAUCUGAAAGGUGUUCUGCUAAGUUUGAUUAGAUCUGAUAUUGAAAUCUGUGGUGUUGGAUGCAGGAGAUAGUGUCAAAAAUGUUUUAAUAUCCAAAGGAAGCCUUUGGACUGAUGAGAUGACACCAGAUACUGUUUUGAGGAGUCUUUGGAAAGUCUUUCUCUUUGUUCCCUCCUUGUAAGUGCUCAAGAAAUGUUUUUUAACUUCUCUAGUGACAUCUCUCAUCUAUCAUCUCUCUUGUAUGCUUCCUGGCACCUCUUGGGCCUGUGGUGUGCCACUUCUGAUUCAGUAAUUUCUAAUGACCUGAAAUGAAAUCAAUGUCUCACUUUUCUUGCUGCCUCUUCCCUUUCUCCAUCUCUUUACAAAACAAGUUGAAAUCUCUUGAUUCUGUGCUUUUCUUUGUUUUUACAUCUGAGUCAGACCAUU